GUUGAAAGGUUGAUAUACGAAGCGACAAAUAUAUAUAUAUAAUAGGCAACUCGUUAGAUAAAAUCUGAGCAGUAAAGUGACGACAAGUAUUCUGUAAUCUUUAGCGUUCUGUUGUUAAUCUUAGGUAUAAUCACAGUGUUUUUGAAUACCUUACAAACGGGACAUUGAGAUAUGCGUUUACUACAUCUAGUUUCAGAACUAAAACGCAAGUGACAUUUCAUUUUACGCAUUGGUGUGUUCAACGAAUUGUACGAGAAUUUGUAUUGAAGAAAAUACAAACUAACCAUUUAUAAAUUUAAUUAUGAUUUAGAUAAUUCUGAAUCAGUGUGUAAAAUUGUGUACUUUGGAUGGGUACUAUGAUCGCGUGGUUUCGUGAGUACACAAAAAAAUUAAAGGACAAGAAAGUAGUGAAAGCAGAAAUGGUUAAUAAGAGCUAGUUUAUCAAAAAUUACAGUAUGUUCGAUUACAAUGGUCUUUGCAAGAUCUGCGUGUUUAUUCGCACAGUGUAGUGCGCAAUAAGCGUAGUACAGUCUUACACAAAGGUAGGAAGCUGAUGAUUAAUGUCACGGUCAGCGAGGUUCUCACUUUUGACAAGUGUAUAUAGGAAAAUCAUGAUUUUCUAAGUGACAACACGAACGUUUCUUGUGAAGAACUUUCAUCGUAAUAGACGUCAAGAUGGUGGAACCAAUUUUUGAUUACCAGUUUCGUUUAAUACUCAUCGGUGACAGUACAGUCGGGAAAAGUUCGUUGCUGAAAUAUUUUACCGAUGGGAAGUUCGCAGAGCUUUCAGACCCAACUGUUGGGGUAGAUUUUUUUGCUAGAUUAAUUAAAGUAGAAGAUGGAACAAGAAUAAAAUUACAAUUAUGGGAUACAGCUGGCCAAGAAAGAUUUAGGUCAAUAACAAAAUCAUACUAUAGGAAUUCGGUUGGAGCACUGCUUGUAUAUGAUGUCUGUAACAGAGCCAGUUUUGAACAUAUUCCUCAAUGGAUGAUGGAUGCUCGCAGGCAUAUUGAACCACACUGCCCUGUCUUUGCAUUGGUAGGUUGUAAAUUAGACUUAGUUACCAAUGGAGGUAGACGAGAAGUUUCCAAGGAAGAAGCAAGAGCCUUUGCUGAUCAACAUGGGGUGCAUCACAUUGAAACCAGUGCCAAAACUGGAGUUAAUGUUGAAGAGGCAUUUCGAACUGUUACACAGGAAGUUUAUAAUAGAAUACAAACUGGUGAAUACAAAGUAGAAGAUGGUUGGGAUGGAAUAAAAACUGGAUAUUCUAGGCCUGGUGGCUUAGAUUUUAAUCUAGUUGAAGCAGAACCUGCAAAGAGUUCUUGUUGUUAAGUUAAUAUUUUAUUUGAUGGAAC